AUGCCUUUUACGUUGAGCAGAAGAAACUCCUCUGCGUCCAAAGUCUCAUCCAGAUCCGACUAUGAUACGGUAAGAUUCUCCAACGUGUCUCGGAUGAGUAACCAACACACACCUCCACGGGUCCCAUCAUUGCCUCCAACAGCACCAGUACGGUCGUCUAGCAGACCGGAGAGAGGGCUCCCACAAAGUCCAAGGUACGACAACGGAACGGGCGCCCUUGAUCCGCAGCUGAUCCGUGAUAACCAACUGCCACCACAUGUGAAAACAGCUAGGGACCUGUAUGAAUACCAAAAAUUGAGACACUCUCAGCAAGUCGAACAAUCAGGACCCAGUCACUCUGGCCAGGUGAGUCCCGUCGACUCUGGAUCGUCUUAUUCCGAGCGGCAUUCACUUGCUUUGUCAUAUCGACCUAGCCAAGAAUCCAGCGGUCGGUCGAUUGCGCAGUCCUUCGACAUACCGCGGUCGCUAGCAUCUAGAAGACCAGCAGCGACAUCCUUCGAAAUCCCUCGACCGCAGGUCCACAAGACACCAAGAUCUGCAAACCCAAUGAUCCGCGGCCUGAGAAAUGUGUACACCAUUCAGGCUGUCUCUCAUAUCCUCCCUGGAGCCACCCAAAAAAAUCCAUAUGAAGGACAUUACCUGCUCCGUGGCACGCUGAGAGAUAUCCCUGGCGAGCCGGCAGAGAAAAGUGGCUGGUGGAGGAAGAAAAAUUCCAAGAAAGAAGCCGCAAGUGCCCCGGUGAGAGCCAUUAAUAUCGAAACCAGCGGUUGGUAUUCGGACUAG